AUGGCCAGAGGUCACCUGAUCAAUAGAGACUCUGCCCAGCCAGUCCUACUGAUCCUUCUAGGUCUGGUUCAGCUCACACAUGCACAGACACCGCCCAAAUUCAUUAGGACCCCGACAGACCAGAUAGGUGUGCAAGGAGGUGUGGCCUCUUUCGUCUGUCAGGCGACCGGAGACCCUCAGCCCAAAAUUGUCUGGAGCAGAAAGGGCAAGAAAGUCAGGAACCAGAGAUUUGAGGUGAUAGAUUUCGAGGACGGCUCGGGCUCAGUGUUUAGGGUUCAGCCGUUGCAAACGCCGCGAGAUGAAGCCGUUUAUGAGUGUGUGGCCUCUAAUGAGGCGGAAGAGAUCAGCGCCUCCACACGCCUCACUGUUCUACGUGAGGACCAGUUGCCGGGAGGCUUUCCCUCUAUAGACAUGGGUCCUCAGCUGAAGGUUGUGGAGGGAUCUCGCACGGCCACCAUGCUGUGUGCUGCCAGCGGCAACCCUGACCCGGAGAUCAGCUGGUUUAAAGACUUCCUGCCCAUCGACACCAGUACCCAGGGCCGCAUCAAGCAGCUACGCUCAGGUAUUCCGUCUCAGCCCACUGAACUGAAAGUGGAGGUGAAGUCAGAGACGAGCGUUUUGCUCUCCUGGGUUCCGCCGGCUCAAAGCGGAUCUGACAGUAUCACAGGAUAUGAGCUCAUAUACAGACUCGCAGAUAACCCAGAGGAGCAGAAGAUCACAUUUGAGCCCAAUACCAGUUAUCUCCUGAAGAAUCUGAAACCCUCUUCCACAUACAUCAUCCAGCUGGCCGCCCGCAGUAAACACGGCCUGGGCGCUUUUACCAGCGAAACCACCAUUCAGACUCCUGAAACACUACCCAUAGCCCCUCCACAGGAGGUGACAUGCACAAGCCCCUCCUCCACCAGCCUGUUAGUAAGUUGGGCUGCCCCGCCUCCGGGGGCAAAGAAUGACAUCUUAACUGGAUACUCCAUCCGGUACACUGCUGUGGAGCUGGAUGGCGCCAAGACCGAGCACAUUGAUCGAAUCCCACCAGACUGUUUCCGAUACCGGAUGGAAGGCCUGAGGAAGUGGACUCUUUAUUCCCUGAUGGUGGCUGCCCACACAAAGGCUGGCCUUGAAGCACAAAGUCUGCCUGUGCUGGUCCACACGGAAGAAGACGUUCUGAGUGCCCCUCCUCUCAGCGUUGAGGUGGUGGCGAUGAACUCCUCCACCAUUAGUGUGACGUGGCAGCCUCCUGUUGCUGAGCGACGGCACGGAAAGAUCCGGGGUUACCAGGUGACGUACAUCAGACGAUUUUCAGGGCAGCGUAUGGGGUCCCCCAACAUCAAAGAGCUACUUUUAAGGGACUCACAGGGGCAGAAUGAUUCAGCUGUCUAUGAGCUUUUGAUCUCUGAUUUGUGGCCGGGAACUGAGUAUUCGGUGUUCGUGGCUGCAUUCACCUCAAAGGGUGAUGGAGCUCGAAGCAAACCUACAGUUGUCAGAACUACACCAGCCUUGCCUGGGGUGCCCAGAUUGACUGUCAGCUCUCCCACUGUCGGCGCCGCCCUGUUAACUUGGCAGCCCCCUCCCUCUGCCCUUUCUCCUCUCCUCGGCUACCGGCUGGCUUACGGGCGUUCUGACCUCCUCCCAACUGCUCCUCUCACUGAGCUGCAGCUGCAGCCAUCUCAGUCUAACCACACCGUCUCAGGCCUGAGGGGAGGAGAGGCUUACGUUUUCCGUUUGGCCGCUCGCACCGCGGGCGGUUACGGAGAAUACGCAGAGGCGCAGCUGCACACCCCGGAGGCCCCUCCAACUGGCUUCCCCCCAAACCUGACCGCGGUCUCCGGGAACUCGAGCUCGGUGCGGCUCGUCUGGGACGGCGUGCCGGAGGAGGAGAGGAACGGCCGUAUAAUCGCGUACCGCGUGCAGUGCAGAGCGGAAGCCUCUAACGGCUCGGCCGUUGCCAUGGAGACGGAGGUCGCCGAGCCGACGGCGACUCUGACCGAGCUGAGCGCGGACACGGCGUAUGUGUUGAGAGUGUGUGCAGUGACUGCCGCAGGCCCUGGGCCCUACAGUCCCUCUGUUCGGUACAGAACGCAAUCAGUGGAGGAAGUUUUUGCAGUGAACUUCCGUGUGAAAGCUGCCAUGAAGAGCUCGGUUCUGCUAACCUGGGAGCCAAAAGACACCAAAUCCCAACCAUUCACUAUCAUAUAUGGUGACAGUGAGAGUGUGGAAGUUGAUGGUAGGCUCGGUCAGAAGCUGAUUACAAAGCUAAAGCCACAGUCGCAGUACUCCUUCCUGCUGACGAGUAAGGUUCAGAGCGCUGGAGGCCUGCAGCACCACGUGACGGCCAUGACGGCUCCAAACCUCAUGCCCAGUAAACCCCUCAUACUGGACAAAGCCAGCUCGCCGGGCACAGUCACACUGCAACUACCAACUGUUCAGGGCAACGCCAAAGUCAGAGGCUAUUACAUGGUGGUGGUGCCACUGAAAAGACAGAGAGGUGGAAAGUUCCUGAAGCCCUGGGAAGAUCCCAAUGAGAUGAACCUGGAUGAGCUGCUCAGGGAGAUAAACGGAACUGGUCGAGCUGUUCGUGUGCGGAGGCAGGUAGAGCCUAAGGCCUACGUAAGUGCCCACUUCCAGAAUCUUCCAUCAGAAUUCACACUAGGGGAUGGACGCAUGUAUGGAGCGUUCACAAACCGACAGUUCAUCAAUGGGCAAGAGUACAUCUGUUUCGUCUUAGCCAUCCUGGAACUGUCAGAGAAUACGGUGUACUCCACCAGCCCGUUCUCUGACACGGUGGUGUUCUCAGAUGUAGAGCCGCAGCCAAUCGUAGAUGAGGAGGAGGGGCUUCUGUGGGUCGUGGGGCCGGUCCUGGCUGUCAUCUUCAUCAUCAGUAUUGUCAUCCUUAUCCUGAUUUAUAAGAAGAAGCGGGCAGAGCUGGAGGGCAGGAAGUGCAGUUUUCCCAGCAGCGGUAAAGCCAUGAGCUCCCAGCAUCCCACUGACCCUGUAGAACUGCGCAGAAUCAACUUCCCAACGCCUGGUCCACGUGCCUCUGGCUAUCGGCGUUUAUCAAGUAUGGCUAGUCAUCCACCUAUCAGCAUCUCAGAGCUGGCCAGUCACAUAGAGCGGCUGAAAGCCAAUGAAAAUCUCAGAUUUUCCCAGGAGUAUGAGUCUAUUGACCCUGGUCAGCAGUUUACAUGGGAACAAUCAAACCUGGAGGUGAAUAAACCAAAGAAUCGAUAUGCAAAUGUGAUCGCUUAUGACCAUUCAAGAGUGCUGCUCUCCAACAUUGACGGUGUUCCAGGCAGCGACUACAUCAAUGCCAACUUCAUAGAUGGUUUCCGCAGACAGAGUGCCUACAUAGCCACUCAGGGUCCUCUGCCGGAGACCUUUAACGACUUCUGGAGGAUGAUCUGGGAACAGCACACAGCUAAUAUCAUUAUGAUGACGAAACUGGAGGAGAAGUCACGGAUGCCCUCCUAUUUCUUCUCCAAGAAUAAGUGUGACCAGUACUGGCCGAGCAGAGGGACAGAGAUGUACGGUCAGAUUCAGGUUUCCCUUCUGGACACGGUGGAGCUGGCCACUUACUGUGUCAGGACGUUCGCCCUCUAUAAGAAUGGCUCCAGUGAAAAGCGAGAGGUCCGUCAGUUCCAAUUUACUGCCUGGCCAGACCACGGCGUGCCAGAACACCCCACUCCUUUCCUGGCCUUUCUACGACGGGUCAAAGCCUGCAACCCUCCCGACGCUGGACCCAUCGUGGUCCACUGCAGUGCCGGCGUUGGCCGUACUGGCUGCUUUAUCGUGAUCGAUGCCAUGGUGGAGCGGGUGAAGCAGGAGAAGACUGUGGACAUUUACGGUCACGUGACUUUAAUGCCUGCACAGCGUAACUACAUGGUUCAGACAGAGGAGCAGUACAUAUUCAUUUAUGACGCAAUCCUCGAAGCCGUUACCUGCCGCAACACGGAGGUUCCGGCCAGGAGCCUGUUCUCCUACAUCCAGAGGCUCAGCAAGACAGAACCUCCAGAGAACAUCAGUGGAAUGGAACAGGAGUUUAAACGUCUGGCCAACGCCAAAGCGCACACGUCACGCUUUGUCAGUGCCAACCUGCCCUGUAACAAAUUUAAAAAUCGCCUAGUCAACAUCAUGCCAUACGAGACAACACGCGUCCGCCUACAGCCAAUCAGAGGAGUGGAGGGCUCCGACUACAUCAAUGCCAGCUUCAUAGACGGUUAUAGACAGCAGAGGGCUUACAUUGCGACUCAGGGGCCACUAACAGAGACUGCGGAAGAUUAUUGGAGGAUGUUAUGGGAGCAUAACUCAACCGUCAUAGUUAUGCUCACCAAACUUAGAGAGAUGGGCAGGGAGAAAUGUCAUCAGUACUGGCCCCUGGAGCGGUCAACACGGUAUCAGUAUUUUGUGGUGGAUCCAAUGGCAGAAUACAACGUGCCUCAAUACAUCCUUCGAGAGUUUAAAGUGACGGACGCUAGGAAUGGGCAGUCUCGCACGGUCCGACAAUUCCAGUUCACUGAUUGGCCGGAGCAAGGAGUUCCAAAAUCUGGUGAAGGUUUCAUCAACUUUAUCGGUCAAGUGCACAAAACAAAAGAGCAAUUUGGACAGGAUGGACCAAUAACAGUCCACUGCAGUGCUGGUGUUGGCUGGACCGGAGUGUUUAUUACUCUCAGUAUUGUCCUGGAGAGGAUUCGUUAUGAAGGUGUAGUAGAUAUCUUCCAAGCAGUCAAAAUGCUACGCACACAAAGACCAGCCAUGGUGCAGACAGAGGAGCAGUAUCGGUUUUGUUACAGAGCAGCGCUGGAGUAUCUAGGUAGCUUUGAUCACUAUGCAACAUAA